ACUCGGCACUGGGCGGCGCUGGCUGGCUCCCUGGCUGCGGCUCCUCAGUCGGCGGCGGCUGCUGCUGCCUGUGGCCCGGGCGGCUGGGAGAAGCGGAGUGUUGGUGAGUGACGCGGCGGAGGUGUAGUUUGACGCGGUGUGUUACGUGGGGGAGAGAAUAAAACUCCAGCGAGAUCCGGGCCGCGAACGAAAGCAGUGACGGAGGAGCUUGUACCACCGGUAACUAAAUGACCAUGGAAUCUGGAGCAGAGAACCAGCAGAGUGGAGAUGCAGCUGUAACAGAAGCUGAAAACCAGCAAAUGACAGUUCAAGCCCAGCCACAGAUUGCCACAUUAGCCCAGGUAUCUAUGCCAGCAGCUCAUGCAACAUCAUCUGCUCCCACCGUAACUUUAGUACAGCUGCCCAAUGGGCAGACAGUUCAAGUCCAUGGCGUUAUUCAGGCGGCCCAGCCAUCAGUUAUUCAGUCUCCACAAGUCCAGACAGUUCAGUCUUCCUGUAAGGACUUAAAAAGACUUUUCUCCGGAACUCAGAUUUCAACUAUUGCAGAAAGUGAAGAUUCUCAGGAGUCAGUGGAUAGUGUAACUGAUUCCCAAAAACGAAGAGAAAUUCUUUCAAGGAGGCCUUCCUACAGAAAAAUUUUGAAUGACUUAUCUUCAGAUGCACCUGGAGUGCCAAGGAUCGAAGAAGAGAAGUCUGAAGAGGAGACAUCGGCACCUGCCAUUACCACUGUCACGGUGCCAACCCCGAUUUACCAAACUAGCAGCGGGCAGUACAUUGCCAUUACCCAGGGAGGAGCAAUACAACUGGCUAACAAUGGUACCGAUGGGGUACAGGGCCUGCAAACAUUAACCAUGACCAAUGCAGCUGCCACUCAGCCGGGUACUACCAUUCUACAGUAUGCACAGACCACUGAUGGACAGCAGAUCUUAGUGCCCAGCAACCAAGUCGUUGUUCAAGCUGCCUCCGGAGAUGUACAGACGUACCAGAUUCGCACAGCACCCACUAGCACCAUUGCCCCUGGAGUUGUUAUGGCAUCCUCCCCAGCACUUCCUACACAGCCUGCUGAAGAAGCAGCACGAAAGAGAGAGGUUCGCCUAAUGAAAAACCGGGAAGCAGCACGAGAGUGUCGUAGAAAGAAGAAAGAAUAUGUGAAAUGUUUAGAAAACAGAGUGGCAGUGCUUGAAAACCAAAAUAAGACACUCAUUGAGGAGCUAAAAGCACUUAAGGACCUUUACUGCCACAAAUCAGAUUAAUUUGGGAUUUAAAUUUCACCUGUUACGGUGGAAAAGGACUGGCUUGGCCACAACCAGAAAGAUAAAAUAAACAUUUUAUUUUCUAAACAUUUCUUUUUUUCUAUGCGCAAAACUGCCUGAAAGCAACUACAGAAUUUCAUUCAUUUGUGCUUUUGCAUUAAACUGUGAAUGUUCCAACACCUGCCUCCACUUCUCCCCUCAAGAAAUUUUCAGCACCAGGAAUCAUGAAGAGACUUCUGCUUUUCAUCCCCCUCCCUCUUCAAGAAGUAAUAAUUUGUUUACUUGUAAAUUGAUGGGGGAAAUGAGGAAAAGAAAAUCUUUUUAAAAAUGAUUUCAAGGUUUGUGCUGAGCUCCUUGAUUGCCUUAGGGACAGAAUUACCCCAGCCUCUUGAGCUGAAGUAAUGUGUGGGCCGCAUGCAUAAAGUAAGUAAGGUGCAAUGAAGAAGUGUUGAUUGCCAAAUUGACAUGUUUUCACAUUUUCAUUGUGAAUUAUGUAAAAUUGUUAAGAGAUAUACCCUCUAAAAGAAUUUUAGUAUGGUGUUGAAGAAAUUAAGAAUGAAUUCGGAGUGCUUUCUAUGUACAUUCUCUUCUUCAAUACUGAAAACUUGUCCUUGGUUCUUAAAAACAUUCUGUAUUAACUAUAGCUCUUCCAUAGGGCAGUUGUUGCUUCUUAAUUCAGUUCUGUAUGUGUUCAACAUUUUUGAAUACAUUAAAAGAAGUAACCAACUGAAUGAAAAGCAUGGUAUUUGAAUUUUAAAUUAAAUUGAAGUAAGUAAAAGUACAAAACUUGUUUUAGUUAGUACUAAAUUCUUAGUAAAAAGAUGCUCAUUAGUAAACCAGCCCCUCGAAUAUAACAAGGUUUUUAAAUAAAUGUUUUUGUCCUCGCCUUCAAAAAUAUUUAUUUCACUCAUUUACUUAAAAAGGUAUUUCUAAGUAAACUGUUCCCAUUUGCACUUACAUUAUACCACCAACAGGAAAGCCUUCAAGAUGUUAAAUAAAGUCAUAUAUUUGUUUAUAAAAUGUUAUGUGUUGUAGAAAAAUACUGAUUUGAAAUCUUUUCCAUAUUAACAUACUUUUACAGAGUAUCUCUAGUGAAUUUUUAAAUGAAAGUUGUAAGGAUAUAGUCAUAAAAAGUACAGUAUUAGAUGUACAAGGAAAGUUAUUUUCUUCAGAUAUAUUUGAAUGACUGCUGUACUACAAUAUUUGGAUUGUCAUUCUUGCAAAACAUUUAUUUUGGUUUCUCCUAAAAAGGACAGUUGUGCUUUAGCUUUUCCUAUAUGCUGUAUAGCCUUUGUUGUCCUACAAAGGAGGUACCUGUUUGAACCCCUGACUAUAACCUGUAUUUAUAUGUAUCAUACAUGGUUUCCAGUAAUACUUCUAAUUAUUAAUUACUCAUUUUAUUCACUAAGCUUGAUAAAUCUAAAAGUUACCCUUUAAAAGAAAAAUAGGACUAAGGUGGAUUUUAAAAAUUGGAGACUGACAUAACUUUAGAUAUAAUUUCUCGAGAAGGUUAUUCCUUUAAAAGAGUGUAGAAAAUAUUUUAUAUUUAGUCAUGGGUUGUUUUUAAAUGUUAAGUUUGUUAAUGUGUUAACAAAAUAUGCAGAUAUAGGUGUUAAUUAUUGGGUCCAGUUUGAAAAGUAAUUAAUUAAUAUUUGUAAAUGGUAUAUUUUUGUUUGUAACAAACCAUUGUCUUUUUUCAAGGAUGAACAGAGUUUAUGAAGGAGCAUCAUUCUAAGAAUUGAGUGAUGUAGUCUUAUAUUUGGACAGUUCACCAGAUUCUCAAGAAGGCUUUCAAACGACUGUAAACUUUGAUGUUUAUCCUGCUGAGCUAAUGGGGAAACUUGUAGCGUAAAAAUUAUUUGUAUACCAGCAUAGAAUGUCCUUUUCCAAAACUUCAACAGAAACUAAGCAAAAUCACAAAUCUAUUCACAAACUAGAAUUCUAAAUCGGUCAGAAUGUUUUAAAUGUCAUAAACUCUAUAAAUGAAAAUUGCCUAGUAAUUAGCAAGUUGUAUUCUCUAAAGUAAACCCAUUUUCCAAAAGUUGAGGCAUUCAGUUUAAUUAGAAAAGUUGGUGGUCCUCUUAGUCCCUCAUAAAUCAAGGCAAUCACAUCCGUAUGAGCUGGUUGAAUUUAUAAGUUUUUAUAAACACCAGGUCCUUUGUACCUUGAGGAUGAUUGCACUGGUUUGAAGUCAGUUACUUCAUGGUGAGGUAAGAAAUGUAUUCUGUUGCUAAAUCUGUUUUAGACCCUUAAAGAGACUUGAAGAUUUCAGUUUAUACAGAUAGAAAUUAAGCAUCUUUUGUGCAGACUUUUUUUUUUUUUACAAGAAUUGGAAAAAAAAGGUGUUUGUUUUUAAGCAUGCAACUUUGAGAAUCUUUAUUAAGAAAAUGACAUAAUAAAAAAAAAAAUCUUGUAGCCAAGAACAUAUAUGGCCACGUUACCAGUAAUAAAUGUUUUUUCUCUUCAUAUUGGCCAAAAGGGAAUGAAAACGUCAUCAUAGGAAUCUGUACAUAUGCUACUGAUUUGCCUAGAAAAUAGCAAGUUUGGUAUCGCUUACUUUGCAAAUAUAGGGCCAUGUGGCACUUUUAUCUAUAGGACAGAUUAACUCUAAUGAAAAUGAAGUGGGAGGGGUUUAUUUUUGAUAUAUUACUCUUAUGAGUUUUCAAGCUUUGAUAGUGUUUAACUGAAAAGUGGUUUAGAAAGGGCUAGAUCCAAUGUGUUCACAUUAUUAAAAAAAUGAUAUCAGAUAUAAUUUUAAUUUCAUUCUUUUCAAACUCAAGUACCAUAUUGGCAACCAUCAUAUUGUCAUAGGUGCUCUGUUCAUUUAGAUAUUAUCUGGGGGGGGAAUGGCAUUUGUAUAAUAUAUGUGUACAUAUAUAUAAAUACAUACAGUAUAUAAUCUGAAGCUCUGAGAGCUCUUAAGUCAGGAAUGCUGAGUAUUAUAGUAUAUUGAAGUCAGAUGAAAUUUUACAUUUUUGCGUGUUCUAUUGCAUCCCUUUUGGUAGUUUCUUGGACUGCAUUACUCCAGCACUCAUGAUUGAUUUUUGUCUUCUAAUUUUCUUCCAAGUAUUUUUUUUUUUUUAUUGUUCGUUUUCUUUGGCUUGAUACUUUUAUAUGUGUUACUAGUCACUUGAAAACUCCCCCGCCCCCAAAGUAUUCGGUUUUUUGCUUUGUCUCUGGCAGCUAUAACAGUGGUAAGAACAUUUUGAAGAUAGCUUCUAAAAGGUACCACUGAUUUCUCAAAACUCAUCCUGGGGGAGGAAUUUUGGUGUUUUCAUUUGAGCAGGGAUUUUGUCAGAAAAUGUGUUUGGAUGGUAGGUCAGCAGCAGCGCUAGUGUCUGAAAGCACACACCAGUCAGGCAGGCUGUGUGAUUAGAGGUCAUCUGGCUGAAGUUUCUCUCGGUCUCUCAGGCCUCAUCCCUACUAUUCAUUUUGACCAUGUGGGGUGAUGUGUGGAAUCAUACAAAGGCUUAGGAAGAAACAAGUUUGUUUAAACCAGGAUGCUUUUACUUACUUGAAGUGACUUCAAUCUAGAUUUCUUCUUUACAUUUUUAAAAUGUUCUUAAUUUUAUGACCAGCUACAGUCAGCUACUAGCUUAAAUUGGUCUCUUUAUUUUGAAGAUCAAAAUCCUGCUUCAUUUUGCAGGAUUAAAUAAAGAUAAUAUCAUAAAGUUAAGAUUUUUAAUUUAAAGUGGGUUUUAAGAACAAUAUAAGUUACACACCGUUUCAGUUAUUUUCAAGAGGCUUUAUUUUGUUGCCUUUAUGGCUCUGAAAACUUUUGGUAUAUUGUUUCCCAUUGACCUAAUACAAAAGUUGUAUAUUUAUUUGGAUUAUAUUUACAUUGUAUUCUUUGUAAAUGUUUGGUGUAACUUGCACUUUUAAAAAAUGACCCAGUUGGGUAUUAACAACUUGAGAAGUUCCCUCAUCAGUUAAUUGUCAACUGACUUUUGAUGUCUUUCUCCUCUCUUGAAAUCAUGUGACUUCUUAAAAUGGAAACUCUUCAUUAAAAUAUAUUAGUACCUAAAGGCUAGUCUUACAAAUAGCUGUAAAAGAAAAAUAACAGGAAAUUAUAUAGAUUUGACUAGCCUAGUUAAUUAAAAGAUGGUUUGAACCUAGUGUUACUCUUUUUCAUCAUGGAUAAAGACAAAAGCAUCUUGAGUGAAUUGAUAUUUCCAAUUUUAAAUGAGACUAUUCUCAUUUCCAACAUUGAUGUUGUCUGUAGGAUGCCGAGAUAUCCAUGAAUUUGUCCAGAGCAGUAAAAUACUUUUCAAGGUAAUUAUGGUCAUGAUGAAAGCCACAUGUAAUCAUUUUGACUAAGGUUUUUAUCACUUUAAAUUGACUUUCUUUAUAUCAAAGAAAUGCCGCCUAAAUUUGACUGUCAGGUGAGAAGGGAGAAAGUGUGGUGUGCUUUAGCAAGCCUGUAGGUGAAGGGUUGGGGGAUUCGUUUGCUCACUCAAUUGUACAAAGCACAACUAGAACUUUUGUUGGAUGGUUUGCAUACAUCUUGAAUACUUUUAAUGUUGAUAUGUUGACUUUUUUAAGUUGACUGCACAGUCACUGUAUGUACUGGGAACUGGUUUCCUUGACUUUUCUCGAAUCGAUGGCUAGGAGAGGCACUAAUCCCUGAGGGGUUGAACCAUUAUCAUGAAGCUGAGUCAGUAUGGAAGAAUUUCAAAUAAAUCAAACAGGGUGCUGAAGUUCCAUCUGACUCCUGCUUCUGAUAAGUUCUUACUGAUUAGUGAAUGUAGCUUAAGCCUUUGUAUGUGUCCUCAGGGGGCAGACAAACUUUAAGAGGGACCAGAUAACGUUUGAAUGGAGGGAUUAUAUUUCAGGUGUUUUAGCUUGAAAUUUAUUUUUUAAAAAAAUAAAAAUAGAAAAAAAAAAUAGAACAAAGCCUGUGAAGCAAGAUGAUAUUAUAAACAGGCAGAGUUGUUUUAGCACAGAGAGAAGAUAUUGACCUGUCUGCAUUCUGGUACUGUGGGUGCAGGUCCUAGCUGGGCAUAACAUGAUGUGUUUUUAAUUAUUCUCACCAGCAAGUAAAAGAAGAAUGAACAGUCUGUGGGAAAUGUCUUUGAAAAGGGUCAAAGGGUAGGAAAUUCAGAUUUUACCUACUUUAUUACAGGCAUUAUAUGAUACUUGCCUAUAGAAGUAUGGCAUUUCCAAGCUUCUGUCUGAAACAUCUCAGAAAUGUGAGAGUAAACCUGAGAUUGUUUAAAAAUUGGUAGGGAAGGAAGAAAAUCCCUGCAGAUAAUAAUCUUAACGUUAGUUGGCCAAGUGAAAUGAUCUAUCAUUGUGUUUGGGAGGUUUUAUUUUCCUAUGUUUUUAAAAUUGAAUUGGUAAAUGCUUUAUAGACGUAUUUUUAUCCAGGUGCCACUCCAAUUUGUGUAUGUAAUAAAAUUAUUUAUAUUAAAAGUGGGAAAUAAUUUGUCAACAUUGUUCUGUGAGUAUGGAUUUAUUAGGGGUGGCAAAAAGAGUGCUAGUUAGCAGUUUUUCAUGUAGAUUGUCCUCAACUGAUUUGUCCACAUGUCAGUUGUCAUCCCCACCCAGAAAAGGAAUUCUUUCUAACCUAGAUGUAUCACUUGAAACUUUUUAGAAACAAAAUAAUCAGGGAAGUUUCUAGAGAGAACGAUGCUUUUUGGUUUUGUUUUUGUUUUAAUUUUUCCUUGAGGAUUGGGGUAAAGAAUACCUCCCCCCAAAACUGUCAGCACAAAACAGGGUAUUAAUUUUUUUAACUCUGAUGUUGCUAUUGGAGUUGAAUACUAAAUAAAUAACUAUAAUGAGGGAAAUACAUUUCUAAUAAAAUUCCCUACAUUCUAGAAACAUCCCUGUUUUAAUUUUUUUACCUAAAUCUUUUUGUGCUCUGUGUAAAGAGAGAAAAUGUACUGAGUUAUAAUGCAUUUUAUUAACACUAUGUACAUAUUAGCUGCUUUGUGUUCAGAAUGGUAGCAAUUGCUUUGUAUAUUAAAGUGAUCCUUGUGAAUUUGUGAAAUAUUGUCAUAAAGUGCUUUUUUCUUACUGUAAUCUUUGUGGUAUCAACUGUCAUAAUGCCCUUUUUACACACAUUUAUGUGCAGUCACAUAAACAUGCUUUUAAAAACUCUGUAAGUCUCUUUUUUGGGGAUGGGACCUCUCUCUUUUUUGCCAGUAGUGUUAAGCUAUAUUUUCUUGACCUUAGGUUUAUUACUUUUGUUAAAUGAGCAAAAUUCAUGUUAGAAUAUUUCACAAGCUUGUUGUUGCACAGCAACAGAAAACUAAUUUGAGCAACAAGAACAUAUCUUCAGUUAUUUAACUUUACUGUAUUCCUCAUUUUUAGCACAAGAUUUCUUUGUUCAGUAAGAUUGAACAGUGCCUAUUUGAAGAUUCGGAGAUGUUACCACCCUAUUGAGAAAACCAAUGGGAGACAUACGACCAGCUGUCUCUAGUGUCUUAAAAUCCAUGUUUGCAUUGGAAGAACAAUAAAAAUAGAUAACUUCUCAGGUCCCCUUGUAAUUCUAAAGUUCUGUGAUCAUAUAAAAUGGAAGGAAAUGGGAGGGGGUGUGGUUAAUCUGCUCUUUGCUUAAAACAUAAUAAAAGAUUCUCUCCUAUUCAA